CCUAGAUUCAGUAUUCAGAUUACAAUUCCAGUGAGUCUUUGAUUUGAUACAUCCAUCUACCAUCAUGUCUAUCUGUCGCCAGAAUUUCGCAAGCGCUGCUGAAAAGCACCUUAGUGAACAGAUCAAUGUCGAGCUUACUGCGCAAUAUCACUACAACAGCGCCGCGGCCUACUUUGACCGUGACGAUGUCGCCCUUCCAGGUUUCAAGACAGAUCGGGGCAGUUUAGAUGCACUUGUUAAGGACUAUUGCACAAGUUAUUUUUGAUGCAGAAAUUCUUCAAGAAAUCAUCUGAAGAAGAAGGAGAACACGCGCAGAUGCUUAUCGACUACGUGAACAAGCGCGGGGGAGUGUGCGAGUUCUCAGCAAUCGAGGCACCGCCAAAGUGGACUGGCCCUCUCAUGGCCAUGGAAGCUGCUCUAGCAAUGGAGAUGAAGGUGAAUGCGUCGCUUCUGUCGCUACACAAGACCGCUGAGGACAAUGACGAUGCUCAGAUGUGCGAUUUCCUGGCAAGCAACUACUUGGGAGAACAGAUCGAUGGCCAGAAAGAAAUUGCCGAUCUGAUCACAAAUCUGAAGAGAGUGGGCGGCGACAACUUGGGCUUGUUCUUAUUCGACCAGCAACUGGGAUCCAGAGCAUAAAUUAAAGCACUGGUGCAUUGUUUGAGUGGGAAAAGUUGGGUUGCGUGACUAUCGGAGAUUACCAGUUUUUCCAAUCAUCUGAUCUGAACAUAGGUCUUUUUUCUGGCUAUUAGAGACACUUGGGCAUGAUGUAGCCUUAUUUGCCGAUUCGGCUCAAAUAAAGGUAUACCAUAUAAGUAGGGGUGUCCUUCUCAUUUCGAUAGCUGACUGGCAAAUGUUCGCUUAGCAGAUUCAUAGCCGUUCCCCUGAACGCUUGCUGAACUGUUCUACAUUGCAGCCAUUCUAGGCUGAUAAAGCGGACUUUGCUUAUACGACACGAAACAGAGGCUGAUUUCAUUAGUGCACUGUCUUCGAAAUACGAUAGAAAAGACCUCUGUCACAGGUUAGUUAUCAAUUUUAAAUUGGUUGCGGCCUUCUACAAGCAUCUAAUCGGCUCUGGUGUACAGUUCAGAUACCAGCACAGACACGACUAAUAAUAAUCACCCGACCAUUAGCUCUCACAAUUGAUGGCAUAGUCACUCAGACAUAUAUGCUCUAGCUAUUGCUUUUCCGAUAUAGUCAAUGCUUUACAUGUGUAUAGAAUAAUUAUAGAGGCUAACAUGUGUAUUCAAAUUUUUAAGGCUCAGAUACAGACUUCUUGAAACAAAC